AUGACGACGUUUAGAAAGGCGACUUUCGAUGCAGCGAUCUACGCGUCAGCAAGGCCGACGUAUCCUCGUCAACUGUACGACUUUGUCUUCCAGUAUCACGAGCGUGGUGCCACCGCAAGAUGGGACCUUGCCCUGGACCUUGGGUGCGGAACGGGACAAGCGACGCACGAGCUUACGCCGUUCAAGCGCGUUAUUGGAGUUGACCCUAGUGCGCGCAUGAUUGAGCGAGCGAACCAGGAUAUCAAAGAAAGCGGUCUUUUUGACCAGGGUCGCCUUCAAUUCAUCCAAUCACCUGCAGAGAGUCUAAGCUUCGUAGGAGAUGGAAGCGUGGACUUGAUGGUGUCUGCUCAAGCUGCCCACUGGUUUGACUGGAAGAUGCUCUGGACUGAGUCUGCGCGGGUCUUGCGAAAGGAUGGAACUCUCGCUGCUUGGGGCUAUUCCGAGUUCCGUGUUACGGACUGCCCGGAUGCAACUCCACUCAUCCACCAGUAUGCUCAAGGAACUGACCCUGAGAACUCGCUAGGUCCGCACUGGGAGCGACCCGGGCGCACCAUCGUGGAUAAUCAUUACCUCGAUAUCCCCCAUCCAUCAGAAGUGGUUCCCGGAAAGUUCAGCGAUUUUGAGCGCGUCUUCUUCUCAGGCGAUCACCACCCCAGCUUGCCGUCUCCCCGUCCAGUCAUUCUGCGGAAGACGACAACGUGGGCCGGGCUGAUGGCGUACCUUCGCUCGUCCAGCUCCUUGCACAACUUCCACGAGCGCUACCCUACUGAUCUCGAGCGGCCCGACGGCGAUAUCGCCGUGCGCUUCCUGCGCAGGCUGAAGGAGGCAGUUGCGAAGAAACAGGGAAAGGAAGGACAAGAGCUUCGGGACGAGGAGGAGGUUGUCAUUGAGUGGCCGCUCGCACUCAUCUUGGCAAGGAAGGCGUGA